CAAGGAAGAAAACAAAACGCAUCUAUAAAAACGUUGCAGCCUCGAAAACUAGCGCCUCCAUUCGCGACACAGUCUUCGUGCUCUCCGUCUUCUCCUCCCUAAUUCUCUCUCACACUUCUCUUCUCUUUCUCUUCCUUUUCCAAAUCGCAGAUCUCUCCCUGUUGUUGUCGGAACCACCAAUGGCGUCAGUCACAGGAGCUUCAGUUGCCAUGUCUUCUCUCUCCUUGAAGCCUACCCAGGCACAUGGCAACAGGAUCUCUAGUGUGAAUUCAGUUUCACUUGCUUUUGGUGGAAGAAGCUUUCCAUCUCUUACAAUGAAGCCUGGAUCAUAUCGCUUCAAAGUGUCCUGUGCAGCCAAACCAGAGACAGUGCACAAGGUGACUGAAAUAGUGAGGAAACAGUUGGCUAUCGCGGAGGAUGUUCAACUCACUGGAGAGUCGAAGUUUGCUGCUCUUGGGGCUGAUUCUCUUGAUACGGUUGAGAUUGUGAUGGCACUUGAGGAGGCAUUUAAUAUCACUGUGGAAGAAGAUAGCGCGCAGCAAAUCACCAAUGUGCAGGAGGCAGCAGAUUUGAUUGAGGACCUGAUCAAGAAGGCAUGAACUAGUUUGAAGAGGGAGUCAAGUGAGAUAGCUCUUAAUGAACUUGUCAAGUAGUUGGAUACUUUCAUAUUUUAAGUUUGUUUGGUGCUUAUUUGCCUGCUAGCAGCAUAGUCAUUCUGGACUCACGGGGUUUCUUCAGUUUUUGUAUGUUGAUUUGUCUUGAAAAACUUGUAAUGCUCCUUUUGACAAAUGUUCCAUGUGAAAUUAUUUAAUUUUGAGUCUGAUAAAUGUCUGAUGUCUUUAAUGUUCUUUCUA